AGACAGCAUUUAGUCGAUAUCAGAGGUUGGUGACGGGUGUUUUUUUAUCCAGCUUUUGGAGCGUACUUUGACAUUUAAAAUGUACAGUCUAAAGCCGUUGGAUCUAAUUUUACUUGGCAAAACAGGAAAUGGGAAAAGCGCCUCAGGAAAUUCAAUCUUAAGGAAAGAAAAGGUUUUUAAAAGCAAUUAUAGAUCAUCCUCUGUGACAAAAAAGCCGCAGUACGAAUGGAGUAGAUUUGAAAAUUAUAGGAUACAAGUAGUCGACGCACCAGGAGUAAUUGAUACACAUUCAAAGAAAGAUGAAGACAUUAAACUCAUCACAGGAGCCAUGGAGAAAGCUAUAAUAGCUAAUCCUGACGGUUACCACGCGUUUUUAGUUGUUGUAAAAUUCGGUACAAGAUUUACUAAAGACGAACAAAAAGCGAUUCAGAUACUGAAAGGAAUACUGGGAGAGGAUUUUCUUAGAAACUAUGGCAUCAUCAUCAUGACCAAUGGGGACGAUUUUAAACGAGAACAAGAUAAAAACAAUUUGACAUUAGCUAAUUUUUGCGAAGAAGAGGAAGGUCCUUUCAAAGAACUUUUGAAUGAGUGCAGCAACAGAAUUGUUGUGUUUGACAAUGUUACGAAAAAUGUAGAUGAAAAGUACGAGCAAGUAAAGAAUCUGGUCGAAAUGGUGGAUUGUCUCCCAAGUAGGGGCACAAGAUACACGAAUGGACUUUUCGAAAAAGCUUCAUUGCAACGUAAACACAUGUAUAUAACCUCGAAAUUACCCAUGAUUCAAAAAGAAAUAUUUGAAGCUCAAAGUCUAAUUUUAGAUGAAAUAAAAAAUAGCGAUUUCGAGCAAAACGAAAGAAAAAAAGUAGAUCUAUUGUCCCAACUUUUUCCACGAAUUGAUGUUAUCAUCAAUGACUUAACUAAAAAGGAUCAGGGUACUGGGGCACUGAAAGAAUUGUUGGAUAACGUGAAGAAGACCAGAAAUGACGUAACGAAUAAAAUAAAGCACGCUAAGCAAAUAAUCGAAGAAAAUGAAAAAAUGAAAGCUUUAGAGGAGAAGAUUAAAAGGGAAAGUGAGGAAAUGAUUGAAAAGAAAACACAAAAACUCAAAAAAGAAAGAGAUGCAGUACAAAAGCAAAUGAAGGAAGAAAUGCAGAAACUUGAAUUUAAGCUGCGGCUGAUGGCCAUGGAAGCAGAAGAAAGAGAAAGAAAUAAAGAACUUGAGAGAGAAAUAAUAGCAGCCGAACAAAAGCGAAUGGAUGAAGAAAUAAAAGAUCUUCAGCUAAAACUGCAGAUGAAGACCAAGGACGAACAAUGCUCAGUAAUGUAA